AUGGCGCCACGGAAGCGAAAAGUUGAAGCGACCACGGUCAACAACGCGGAGUCGACUGUCGACGACAAAGCGCCGCUAAGGAGGUCCAGCCGCCGGAAAGCGGCAGUGCAGGCAUCGGACAAGCAGCAGGGGAAAGAGACGACAACACCGGCCGUUGACGAAGACGAUGACAAGAAAAAGAGUUCUACUGGACCAGCUAGUAGCGAUACUGCCUUGGAUGCCGAGGCCCUCCUGGCGGAGCCCGAGAAUGCUCCCACCAGUAUGCUCAUGCUCAACUCGGAUCAUCCAUCCCGGGAAUUUACAUCGUUCACCAUCCCAGCUUCGAACAAGGCUGCAAAUGCCCUUUCGUGUCUUCGCUCGCCCGUACGGCACCCGCGAUGUCUAAUCUUCACGCACGGUGCGGGAGGAGACCUUUCCGCGGCGGCGAUGGUGCAUUUCUCCGAGGGUUUCGCCUCCUCCCUAGGCGAGGGCGCAGGGCUGGUCAUGUUUCCGGGCAACAUGAAUGUGAAGGCCAGGGCCGCGACGUUUGAUCGCGUCAAGCAGCACGAGCUUGGCGAAGAAUACAUGAAGACGGCCGCUACUCGGCAAGAAGUGUAUUUUGCAUACGGUGGGAGGAGCAUGGGUGCGCGGGCUGCGGUGAUGGCGUCGCACGUCGACGAGGAUGUGAAGAUGCUGGUCCUGGUGUCAUAUCCACUUGUGGGUCCGUCGGGAGACGUGCGGGACAAGAUCUUGCUUGACACCCGGCCGGACGUGGACGUCCUGUUCAUAUCGGGCGACCAUGAUAGUAUGUGCGACAUGGAUCUGCUGGAUGAGGUGCGCGGGAAGAUGAAGGCGAGGACCUGGAUCGUCAGAGUGAAGGGUGCUGAUCACGGAAUGAACCUUCGGGGUGGGAAGAAGUUGAAGGAGGGGACCAAGGCGGUAGGAGGUAUGACGGGGAAAUUGGCGGCAGGGUGGCUUCAGGAGAGAGACCAAGAGAGGAAGGAGAUGGAUCUGAGCUGGGAUGGAGAGCACAGUGACGUUGUAAGCAGUGGGUGGUUGGCCAGUGCGAGAAAGGGGCAGAGAGAAGAAAAGGGCAAAGACAUCAUUGAGGAACAAUCGUCCAAGACUGGAGACGGGAGUGGAAAUCCCAAGAGAAGGAAAGUCAAGAUGUAG